UUAUAUUUUUCUUUCUUUCAGUGUCAUGGGAUAUUCAGCACAGUUUCCAAGAUUUUUCGCUCCACAUGAUUUCUUUCUUUAUCUUUUGCCACCCAUUAUCUUGGAAGCGGCUUACAGUUUAAAUGAUAGUAUUUUCUACGAUAACAUUGGAAGUGUAUUAAUAUAUGCAGUUAUUGGAACUUUUAUUAAUUGUAUGCUUAUCUCCCUUGCACUUUGGGGAUUAUCGUUUGCACCAGAAAUCACAGGAGUAAAUUCCUUGCGGUUGACUGAAUUCCUUGUGUUCGGUUCCAUAAUUGUGGCAGUAGAUCCUGUGGCAGUACUUGCUAUAUUUAGCGAGGUUGGAGUGAACAGUAAUCUAUACAUUUUGGUGUUUGGAGAAUCACUUCUAAACGAUGGUGUGGCAGUUGUUCUCUACAGUGUGAUGCAAGCCUAUAACCAAAUGGAAAGUAUCGGUUCACUACAGAUAUUCUUAGGAAUUGUGAAAUUUCUAGUGGUGUCUCUUGGAGGCUUGCUUGUGGGAAUUAUUAUUGGUAUUGUGUCGGCCGUACUUACAAAAUAUACCCACCACGUAAAAGUGGUGGAACCAAUUACCAUUUUUGCUUGUGCCUUUCUCUCCUACCUCAUGGCAGAUAUGUUCGAAUUAUCUGGAAUCAUCAGUUUGAUUGGUUGUGGUAUGAUGCAGGACCAAUAUUCCCUUCAUAAUGUCAGUCAAAAAUCUGCUACAUCCAUCAAGUACUUUAUUAAAGUUGCAAGCUCAGCAAAUGAAAUUGUCAUCUUCUUAUUUCUUGGCAUGGCUGUUGUACGGCACGAACACGUUUGGUCAACUGGCUUUAUCUUAUGGUCGGUGCUUUUAUGUCUGAUAGUAAGAUUCAUUGUGUGCUAUUCUUUAACAUAUCUAAUUAAUUCUUUCGACCGUUAUCGUGUACGCAAAAUAGGACUCGAUGAACAGUUCAUUAUGAGUUAUGGUGGAUUGAGGGGAGCAGUGUGUUUCUCUUUGGUAAUGAUGCUAAACGAAGUGGACAUUCCAUCGAAGAAGUUAUUUGUGACCACAACACUAGCAAUUAUUAUAUUUACAGUCAUGGUCCAGGGUUUGACCGUGAAACCAUUUGUGAAAUUGUUUAAAAUUACAUUACAAGCCCACCAAAACCUAAACUGUUUGGUCUACCUAACUAAAAACGUGUCAGACCAUUUAAUGGCUGGAAUGGAAGAUAUAAUUGGCUUUCAUGGCAAAUACUAUUUGAAGGAAUUACUGGAAUAUUACGACGACCAUUACUUCAAGAAAUGGCUUCAACGGGCACCGACAAAAGCUGAUGCUGAGAUUACUCAGAUUUACCAAGAAAUCAUGCUGAGAGACCAUUUCCAACAUUUAGAAAUGUCAGGUGCUGCAGGUAUUCCUGAUUACAAGCAACAACGUGAAUUAAAUAAUUUAGAGAAACCAAGUCUGGCAGCGUUGGUCCAACUGAUUCAUAAUGUUGAUGCUGAUUUUGAGGAAGACCCAAAAGUUGUUAGAAGGAAAAAAAUUAAGUCUUCUAGUUCUAGUACAACGUCACCAACGCACUUUUCUUAUGCCAGUGGCUACAGUGAAGACUUUUGGAAGGAAAUGGAAACUGUAAUACCAUUGAGAGACCUUGAGCCUACAAUUAAAUUUGAAGAUGGUCAGUCAACACCAACCAGGCAUUCAAUGAUACAUUUUAAACUUUGUAGGUCCAGAAGUACUAGCAAUCAUUCUGUAAAUGUAGAAAUGCGGAAUCUACUUAGCAAGCAACAAACUUCAAUGAAUCUUCUUCAUCAAAAAUAUGACCGUAAUUUGACUCGAGAAAGUAAUCAAGAUUUAAUGCAUCAGCUACAACUGAAGAGACAAACAACAAUCAAUUUAGCGAACCUGAAGCAAAAGCACAGUGAAUCUUCAGAAUCUUAUUCGGCAUUCUUCGAUAACCAAACUCCAAGGAGAAGCGAGGAUGAUGAGGAGAAAGAGACUCCGCGAAAUCGACCCCCCUUGAAGAAGGACAAACCUUUUGAUCAUUCCCCGUCGGAAGAGAAACGUGAUGACGAUAUGGUAUAAAGAAAAGAAAGAGGAAGCCAAAGAUAUUUCUAACGUUGUUUAUUAUUGUUUAAGAAUCUUUUUUUGUGAAAAAAAACAAAAAAACAUUUAUUUUUUACAUUUAUUAUUAUUUAUAAAAAAAAAAUCAGGACAAAAAAGAACAAAGAACUGAGGAAAAGAAAAAAACAUUCUAUCUUAUCCUUGCUCUAAUUACUGGUACCAAAUUGAUAAAUGACAAGUAUGUGAUACAUGUUAAUUAUAAAAGAAAUUUUGCCGCUUUUUCAAUGUUUGUGAAAGCUUUCUCAAACACCUUCCGUUUCUUACCAUUAAUGAUCUUCAGUAAUAAGGCCUUACCACAGUAAGUAUCAUCAGGUUUAAUAUUUUUGUACAAAAAUUGUAUUUAGAAUAAAAAGAAUAAGAAAUAAA